AUGUGGCUAUUUCAAGUUGUAGCGGUCUUGUACGCAGCAAAUGUAGUUGCACAAUCCUUAAAUGUAGUUGUCGAUCCAAUCGUCCGUUUAAACAACACUUCCAUGGCACGUACUGAAUUGCAACUUUUGAAAAAACAGGAGCCCGCUGCUCCCACGGUGUAUUCCUUACGCUCCAUUGACGAAUUGGAAUCAAAAUACCCAGAUAAACUAAACGACAAAACAAAUGUGUUCCACUUCAAAGACACAAAAAGCACACUUCAGUACAACCACCGGAACCGCAAAUGGGUGGAACUAAGACAAAAAGAUCCAACUGUUGCUCCCCAGAUUUUCCCGUUAGAGUAUUGGAUACCAGCGUCCUAUUGUCUAGAUUCAACGUCGGGGUCAGGCGGAACAAUUAGUCGGGUCAUCACGGUGCUCUUGGAAGCAUCAGUGGAAAACUAUAUGGACUUGUAUAUCGGCUUUCCGACCUAUGCAUUUCUGGAAGCUAUAGGACUUUCCAUUGGCGUGAAAGUCGGGAAAGUAAUGGCAGUGACCUUGUUGUUUUCGUGUGCUGUAAAUAAAGGCGAAAUUCUUCAAAUGCAGUAUCGCCCUUCAUAUGUCCUUGUUCCAACAAUGGAAGCAAUUCUGUACAAGUUUAAAGGAAAGAAGUUCAAAAAAUCAAAAAUCAAGGUGAUCAAACCCUUCAAGAUGUUGGUUAUAGAUGCACCCGAACACCAGUGCUGGGCAACAAAUAAGGCAGAUCAUUUACAAUGCACAAAACCAGUGAACCAUAGACACCUCAUUAAGUUUUAG